AUGGCAAUUACUUCUUCUCAUACAUAUAACCCUGAUUUAUUUAUUAACAAAAAUCGUACAAUUAGAAGCGAUAGAUCUGAUUUCAAACGUGAGCCAUGCAAAGUAUCUUCACUUGAUGGAUGGACUGUUGAAAUAAUUGAGAAUUCAUCACAAACAAACACUUUUCAACUUAUGAAUUCAUCCAUUGGGAAUCCCAAUUUGGGAUGUUUUAAAUCUUUAUUAAAAAUAGAAUCAUCUUGUGUGGUGAUAAAGCUAUCAGUCAAUUAG